AAAGUUUAGAACCCCUCAUCUCCCCUCAUCUCCCCUCCUCUCCCUCCCUCUCCCCUUCUCUCCCCUUCUCUCCCCUCCUCUCCUCUCCUCUCCUCGCCCUUCUCUCCCCUCUCCUCCUUUCCCCUCUCCUCCUUUCCCCUCUCCUCCUUUCCCCUCUCCUCCUUUCCCCUCCCCUGCUCUCCCCUCCCCUCCUCUCCCCUCCCCUAUAUAUAUAGAUGAUCAAUAAAAAACAACUUGAUCAACGUUUUGCGAUAUGCUUCUUCAGAAUACACCUUUUCAACUACGACUUUCGCCCCAAAUCUCGGCCCAGUUCCCUUUGACGCGGUUAGCUGAAAAGGUGUUGGAGCGUAAAAUAAGGAAUACAAAGCAAAAGAACAAGAGAUAACAUAUUUUACAGCAAGGAGAAUGAUAGCUCAAGUAAAUAAAAUAAAUAAUAAACGGCACAAGUAAAGUUUCUAGGCCCAGCCGGUGGUGAGAAAAGCGAAAUAAAUACAAAAGAAAAAAGAACAAAAGAAACAGCGUGAAGGCAGAUGAUAAACCAUCCAGAAAUGCGCAAGAAAGAGAAAGGAUGAAUGCUGUCUCUCCCUAUCAUGAAAUAAAAACUAGACAAAUAUUAAACGCAAAUUGCAUAGAAUAGGAAGAAUAGAAAAAAGAGAAAAUAUUAUUUUUUGCCAGUUUUACUAUUUCGAGUAUUUCAAUGCACAGAUUUUUUGGACGUGCGACGAGCAUCGGGCAUUUGUCUCACUUCAAAGCGGAUCGCUAUACAAACCUGUAUGAUCUUUAUAUAGAAGUCUUACAGCGCGUUCUUGUAACUUUUUAAUUGUCUGCAAUGAUUUAGAAGAUGAAAAAUACCAGACCAAGUGACAGUUACUGAAGUUAGAAUAUACAAAGCUCUGGACAAGAAUCUUUUUCUCCUAGAAACCAAACUCAAGUUUGUAAUCCAACGCUACGCCUAAAAGCUCCACUGUCUCCUCAGAUUUGAUUUUUCGCCAUCAAUGAUUAUUUGUUCUCCAUUAGUAUUUGUGUGACUUUUCAUAAGCAUUGUAGCAUGAAAUUUUUCAGGGUUUGCAAUCAUUUCAUUUUGUUCUAACCAUGAUAACGCAACCCCAAAUUCGUUUUGCGAAGAAUUUAUAAGAUCGGACAUGCUUUUAAAAAAUUAGCAAGUGUAUUGUCAUCUACAUAAUUAUAGAGCGUUGCUUGUUUAAUUAAUAGGAAGACAUCAUUUAUGUAAAGUUGAACAGGAUUGGUCCAAGCACAGAGCCCUGGAGUACACUAGUCAUAACCUCUUGGAGUGAGCUAUAUGAAUUUUUAUCCAAACAUAUUGUUUUCUUCUUUUGAGAUAAGAAUAAAUUUGAACUAGAGCAUCUUCAUUAAAUCCAUACGCAUGUAGUUUGGCGAUAAGCAAAUCAUGUCAAAAGCUUUCGAAAGAUCCAUUAGGAUUGCAACCUGUUGGGUUGCAUACGCUCGUCCAUACAUCGCAAUGAAGACUGAAAGCGUGUAAACUAAAUGUUGAACCAGUUGAUUUAUUAAGACUUCUUCAUAUAUCUUUGAAAAGCUAAUAAAAGACCACUAACUGGGCGCAAAUUUUAUUUCUAAUAUGCGGUUAGAUUCCCCCUUAUCUAGGGGGCCAACUGCCCCUUUUUGCAUCGUUUGGGAAAUGGAAAUUACGAAUGCUGCAGUUUACUGUCGGAAUUACAAAUGGGCUUGUUAUGAGCGUGAACUUGUAAACUCAUUUGUAGCUAGGGAUACAAGUUGCGGGGAGUUUAUCGUGCUGCUCGACAUGUGUUCGACUUAUAAAUUGGUCGAUUUUUGAAAACUCGUCAAAUGUCGUCCUUAUCAUUUUUGUAUAACUUUUCAGAUAUUCAGUUCUUAUUUUUCGGACAAUUUUUACCUAAAAAAUGCCGAGUAAGCAUUAAAAAAGUUUUAGUCUGUCGAGUAAAAAGCUGAUUCACAACUCUUAAAGGAUGCUACAUCCCCCACACAUUAUCAAUGUAAUCUCUUUGAAUUUUAACAACGAAGGGGGUUGGGCCCCCCCCUCGGCACCUCGGCUUUAACCGCAGGACUAGCAUGAAGAUAAUCAAACUCUUCGUGGAGCAGGUGGGAAUCAUUUUGCUCAUCUGAUUAUGCUUUAGAAUUUUAACUCUUAACCAUACGACAGCUGCACAAUCUUUCAUAGAGUCGACUACCAUGUUUUUUGAUUUGCAACUUGCUCGCCAAAUGCACAACUAGUUUGUUGUUUCGUAGGGCCAAUCAAGAUGGAAGAAGCAGCCAGUGAAGAGGAUACGUACUUUUUCGUUGCUUCCUUGCUACUGUUUCUAACCUCAUUGCUAAGUAAUGGUAUUAUUCUGGUAGUGACACGCAAAAGCACUGUUUUUAAGGACACUGGUCAAGCUCGUACAGUCAUCAGGCACACUGCUGUUGUCGACAUUUUUGCUGCACUUGACUGCCUUAUGUCGGCGCUUGGCUACUUUGACAAGCGUCUUAUCACCGGCAGUACGGUUGUUUGUGAAUUGGAUGCUUUUCGAGCAGGGGUCUCAAAAUCGCAGGCUCAUAAUGCGUUAAUCUUCCUGGCUUUAAAUCGAUACUUCUUGGUCGUUCACCCCGAAACUUGUCACAGGGUUUUCUCCAGACGCAUGACACCUAUCUACAUAGCCUGCUUUUGGGUAAUAUCUUUUCUUAUUUCUAUCAUUUUGAGAGUGCUCAACCAUUACCCUGAAUACAGUUCUACGUUCGGUUCUUGCUUCUAUUCACCUAAUUCUGUUUCUGGUCCCGUUCUCUUCUCUUUUCGUGUCAUCUCUGUUUUGCUCAUCGUUGCCUGCUACGUCGGGAUCUUUUGGAGAAUCAGGAAGCAAAGAAACCGUAUGCAGCAACAUAAGAAAAAGGAGAAAGUAGCAGGCAGUCCACCAUCACUUACAAUAGCACAAUGCAGGGACACGCUCAAAACUGAAAGAUCCUCCGAGCAGUUGGACAGCCAGAAUCCUCAAGCCGAUGUAAAGAAUGCUUCAGAAGUGCUUUAUGGCUCGACAUCAUUGAAAUGUGUGUCUGAAAACAAGCCUUCUAACUUCGAAGAUAGAUCUGAGUCAAAGAAGCGAGAGUAUCAAAAACCACAAGAAUCUUCAGAAGAACAUUCUGCCAUAGCAAAGGACACCCAUGACGAAUCUAUAGACACACAGGCAUCAACAGGUCGUAGAUCUGCGGAUGAUAUUCAUGCAAUCUCCUUGUGUUCCCAAUCUGUGUUUGUCAAUCCUGAAUCAUUCUUCCCGAGUAAACCUUCAAUUGACAAACUUUCACAACAUGAUAACAGAGAAAAUUUCACAAGGAAGCAGCCCAUGUCUGCACUGAGCCAUAUACGAGAAUUACCACAAUGUCCGUCACCUGAGCGCGAAAAUUCGCGUUCACAUGCCAAGUCAACCACCACAUCUGCAACGAACCAGGCACCACAACGGCAACGCAGAAACAACCUACUCGCAGCAAUUGUUUCCAUCACUAUCUUUUAUUUCCUGACUUCUACACCAUCCAUGGUCCUCACAGCUUACAAAACCUUGCCUGUAGGACCACGGGCAGCGGCAAAUAUCCGAAGGAUUGCUCUUCUUCUUUAUUACACAAAUUACUCCAUCAAUUUUGUGAUGUUCGCCGCAAUGAAGAAAACGUUCCGCGUUGCUGUCAAAAAACUGUUUGGGUUUUAAUGGACUUUAAGUGGGUUUGUGCAGUUUUUUAAUAAGUACUGGUGGUUAUUUAUAAUAUGAAUACUGUAUCAAGGUUUAACGUAUUUGUUUCACAUUGAUAAAAUAAUCCUUUACGUUAAACGCUUCCAAAAAUGUUCGAUGUUUCAAGGGCAAUUGGGUUGCCAGGCCUUUCAGCAGUCUAUAUAAAAACAUUCAAUUAUGAUAUAAAGCAGCAUAUGAAUAAAAUA